UUUUCUAAUUUAAAUUUUACAUUGACCCUAUAUCGUUUCGUCUUUAACCUUUCUCACCACUAUUUUGCUGCUUCAGUGUUCCAAGAAGAAGAAGAAUCAUGGUCUGGGGUCUCUUCCCCGUAGAAGAUCCUCUUUCCGGUGAAGAUAAUUACUACAUUUUCAAAACUGGAACUUACAAAGUUGGUCGUAAAGGUUGUGAUGUGAUCAUCACUAAGGAUAAAGGGGUUUCUCGGGUUCAUGCAGAAAUAGUUGUUAAUACAAUGAACAUGUCAAAUCCUCAACAAAAUGUACAGAUAAGAGACUGCUCCAAGUACGGAACAUUUGUCAGCAAGAAUGUUGGGAUUAAGAAAAAAGUUCAUGAGUUACCAAACAAAGAAACAGCAUUACAUGAUGGCGACCUUGUUUCUUUUGGCACUGGUAGUGCUACCUACAAGUUUUGCCAUGUCCCCCUCAUUUUUUUCAUCUGUCCCUCAAAUAAAGUGGAUCGAUCUUUGGCAAAGAAAAUUUCAUCAAUUGGUGCUAGUAUUGCUCAUACCUUAAAUGAAGAGUGCACACAUGUGCUAGUAGAUCAACUCACGCCCUUAAAGAAGGAUCUUGUUGAUGCAGUUGUUGCAAAAAAACCUUGUGUUCUCAAAACUUGGCUCGAGUUUUUUGCAGAAAAGAAAAUUAGCAAUGAAAUUCCGAGCAGUCAUUCACAUAUUCCAACAGUGUCAGUGGAAGGAGCAUCUAUCAAAGUUGUUGAUCCCAAAGCCCGUGAAAACUGUUUGAAAGGAUACACUUUUGUGUUGGAAUCUGUGCAUUUGUAUAAAUUUGGGGAUCAGCUAAAGUCUUUACUGGAAGUAGCUGGUGCUAAAACCAUUUCAUUUCAAGAAUUCUCUUCAAUUAGCCAAGGAUCAGAUUAUGGAGAUGAUAAUCGUAUGGUUUGUAUCAUCCCAGAAGGAGCGGCAUGCAAGCCUGAUUUUAUUAAGUUAUUAAGUUCCUUGCAAAAAGUCAAUGAGAUGGGUAUAAUAAAUGCUGCUCUCAGUGGAGAUCUAGACCUGUCUAUUUUAAAAUCACCGUGCGUGCUUAUCUCAUCGUCAUGCUCUACAGACGAGACAAUUGUAGCAGAUUCAGAUGCUGAAGUUGAAACAGCCACAUCACCCAUUGCAAGUGAGGCAUUAUGUGGUGGAAAUAAUGUAAAAUAUGUAAAAACAGAAGAAAUAAAUGAUGAUGAUGAUGGUGAUGAUUCCAGCGCUUCGCUCAAGAGAAAAGAUGAGAGAAUGGAACCAAUCUUAGAUGAUAUUUCUACCAGUUUGGAUGAAAUAAAACGUGCAAAAGCAGACAUAUCCCUGGAUACUUCUAUCCGAUCUGAUACGUAUGCUACCAGCUUCAAGGAUGGCACUGGCGGUAUCGAAGUGAAGAAAGACAAGGUUGAUGAUUAUGGAAGUGGAAACUCAGAUAUUGUUUACAGCCAAAAUUUAGUUGUUCGAGAUAUAAAUACACUAACAAACAGAAUUUCUGCACCAAACAGCAGCGUUCCAAAUUUCAAACGAUUUAGAAAGCCACAAACUCAAUCUGGAAAUAGUUUCAACAACCUUGUUCCAUAUGCAAAAUAUCCGUACAAGGAUUCUGGCUAUGGAAAUGAUGAGACAGCUGAAUAUGUGAAGGAGGAAAAAAGGCGAAAACAAAGAGAAGCCGUGGCUGAUGAUCUAUUUAAUAAUCAGAAGGCAAAAAAACGAGGCACAGCCGGUUCUCUUCGCGGCAUGCUUACUAGUACUAGAUAAACAUUCAAACUGCAAAGGAGGUGUGCAUGUCAAGCAUGGAAGAACUUGAGUGGCUGUGAUAUAUGAGGCAUGCUCAUCUAAAUUUUAGAAGACCAAGUGAAUUGAGUUCUAAGAAUUUAGUGUAUGACCUUCCUAAACUGAAUGCAAACACAUGUGAAACUUGUUUAAAAGGCAAACAAAGUAGACUUGCUUUUGCAUUAGACAUGCCUAAGAGAUCAAAUGAUGCACUAAAGGUUGUGCAUUUUGAUAUAUGUGCUUUUGAAGUAUCAUCACUAGGUGGAAACAAGUAUUUCAUCACUUUUUUGAUGAACAUAUAAGAAUGUUGUGGCUGUAUACCAUUAAAUUAAAAAAUGAGAUAGUUGAAGUGUUCAAGAAAUUCAAAAUCUUCAUUGGGAAGGAGAGUGAGAAAACAAUAAAGGUUUUAAGGAGAGUGGGAACACAUAUGAGACCACAGAGAACAAGAGAAGUUCCUAAUAGACUUGCAGGUUGGGAACUAUUAUCUAAUAAUACAGUCAGUAAUGAUGACGAUCUUAUACAUUUUGCUUUGCCGGCUGAUGCUGAAUCAAUGUGCCAUAAUGAGGCAAAUAAGAAUAAGGUCUAAAGGAAGACCACAAUGAAGGAACUUAGGUCAAUUGAGAAAAGUCACACUUGGAAGCUAGUAAAUUCACAACAUUGUUUAUGCCUUAUUACCAGAUAUAUAAUGUGAAUAUGCUUGCACUCCAAAAAUGUCUACUACAAGAAAGUGAUAAAAUAUAUGUGAAAUUAUAUCUGAUUGUUAUUCUUCUCGUACUUCAUUUGGUCUUUCAAACUUUUCCAACUAAAUGAUAUGUUGGGUAACCUGAAUUACAAGUUAUUUGAUAAUUGAUGAUAAGUUGAGAGAAAAUUAGAGAGUGAUUAAAGGAAAAUAGUUUAUUGAA